CUUCCUGCCUCAGGCUGCCCAGAGAUUUGCUUCUUGCUGGGAGACAUGACUCUAGCCUGGAGACGUUUGCCUGGAGCUUUACACCUGCACCACUCUGCUGCCAGGAUCACUAAGACACGUCCAUUCCGGAGUGUAGGUGCUUUCUGGUUAUCUGCUACCAAGCUCAGUCUUCACACAAAACCCAGAAUGCCGCCCUGUGACUUCAAACCUGAAAGAUACCAGUCUCUUGGCUAUAACCAUGUCCUGGACAUCCACGAGCAUCACCUCACCCCAGUGCACACCACAUACUUCCCGAAGCCCCUGUUGCUCCACCAGGGCCACAUGAAGUGGCUGUUUGAUCAUGAGGGAAACCGAUAUCUGGAUUUCUUCUCAGGAAUCGUCACUGUCAGUGUUGGUCACUGUCACCCGAAAGUAAACUUAGCGGCCCAACAGCAGCUUGGCCGCCUGUGGCACACAAGUGCUGUCUUCUUCAAUGCUCCCAUCCAUGAAUAUGCAGAGAAGCUUGCAGCACUUCUUCCUGAGCCCCUAAAGGUUAUUUUCCUGAUAAACAGUGGCUCGGAAGCCAAUGACCUGGCCAUGUUGAUGGCCAGAGCACACACAAAUAACACAGACAUCAUUUCCUUCAGAGGAGCUUACCAUGGCUGCAGCCCUUACACUCUUGGCUUAACAAAUGUUGGCCCUUUCAAGACAGAACUCCCCAGUGGGCUGGGCUGUAAAUCAACAAUGUGCCCAGAUGUCUUCCGUGGCCCCUGGGGAGGAAGCCACUGUCGAGAUUCUCCUGUGCAAACCAUAAGGAAAUGCAGCUGUACACCAGAUUGCUGCCAAGCUAAAGACCAAUACAUAGAACAGUUCAAAGAAACUCUGAGCACAACUGUGGCGAAAACCAUUGCUGGAUUUUUUGCUGAGCCAAUUCAAGGGGUGAAUGGAGCUGUUCAGUACCCAAAGGGGUUUCUAAAGGAAGCCUUCCAGCUGGUGCGAGAGCGGGGAGGAGUGUGCAUUGCAGAUGAAGUGCAGACAGGAUUUGGAAGGUUGGGUUCUCACUUCUGGGGUUUCCAAACCCACGGUGUCCUGCCAGACAUUGUUACCAUGGCUAAGGGGAUUGGAAAUGGCUUCCCCAUGGCAGCAGUUGUGACAACUCCAGAGAUAGCCAAGUCUUUGGCCAAGCGACUGCUUCACUUCAACACCUUCGGAGGAAACCCCUUGGCUUGUGCCAUUGGCUCAGCGGUGCUUGAGGUGAUCCAAGAAGAGAAGAUGCAGCAAAAUAGCCAAGAAGUGGGCACCUAUAUGUUACUGAAGCUUGCAAAGUUGCGGGAGGAAUUUGAAAUUAUUGGCGAUGUCCGAGGAAAAGGCCUCAUGAUCGGCAUAGAAAUGGUGAAGGACAAGGUGGGCCGUCAGCCUCUUCCCCGUGAAGAAGUAAACCAAAUCCACGAGGACUGUAAGCAAAUGGGGCUCCUAAUUGGCAGAGGUGGCGUUUUUUCUCAGACGUUCCGAGUUGCACCCCCAAUGUGCAUCACUAAACCAGAUGUUGAUUUUGCGGUGGAAGUAUUUCGUUCUGCUAUAAUCCAGCACAUGGAGAGAAGAACUAAAUAAAAAAAUUAAUUAAACAUACAGACAUGCCCACUUAUGUUGAAUAGUUUCUAUGAGGAAUUCCAGAGCCACUGGUAUGAGCUGUAAAAGAGAAGGUUGAAUAUUCAUUAACCAGUUGUGUCUGAUCCGAAAGCCCCUAGAAUCCUGAGAUAUCCAUCCUUCAGCAAAGGGUCUCACUCCCUUUUUCUGAGAAUGAAUCCUAAUGAAUCUAGUUACUUUUGGCCAUUUGAUACCCCUUUACGUGAUUUUUCUAUGUGUGGUACAUGGCACAUUUUUGAAAAAAUAAAUCCAAAAGAGAAAUGAUUUGGUGGAGGUGCUUUUCAGGAAAAGUUUCUGUGCUCUACACUCUUAAUCUCUAACUGAAAAGCCUCUUUAACCUGAAGUGUGGCAUGCUAUGAUAGGUCUGCUGAAACCAUCUCAACCAAUUUGGGGUCAGGAGGACAAAGCAUUUCUGAGAUAGGAAGAAAAAAGGAAGCUGAGUUCCUCUGGCUGUGGGUAAACCAUUGACUUGAUCCUGGAGGCAUUUGUGUAAGCGAUAAUAAAUUUACUGGA